AUGGACAGGAGAGAAGAAAGAUGGUGGAGGGAAAAGGUGUCAGAGGGGACAGUGAGGAUAGCAAAGUCAGCGUGGGUGUGGAACGACGGGAGUUCUUGCGGCCAGAGGACAAUCUUUACCCAGGAGGGACCCAGAGAUCACGAGCGAAGUCCAGGCAGAGACACAUACUGGGGCAGGGAGAGAAUUAUUUAUGAGAGGGGGUUCGGCGAAGACAGAGCCAAAUUGGGGGGCAGGACUGGUAGAGAGAGACUGGAGAGAGAAACUGGUAGAGAGGACUGGAGUGAGGAGCGACUACCCUUCGAAGACACAACCGAAGACGAGGAGCGAACCGGAGGAAUAGAGAGUCCCCGCGACCAGCAAAGGUUCCCUAAGGAGAAGGCUGGCGCGCAGGGCCGGGCUGGUGCUGAGGACAAAGCGCCAGGGCGGGAGAAGGGCUUUACGGAGAAGUGGUGCGAGGAACAGGAGAGCCAGGUCGCCUGGGACCCAGGGAGAAGAACUAGCCAGGACCGGGGGCGAGGCCGGGAGAGAAAGGAGAGCGAGGAUCUACUCUACCUCAAACCCAGGCGCUUGAGCCAGGACCAGGGGCGUGGCCGGGAAAGAAGACAGAGCGAAGAUUUGAACUACUGCCACUCUUGGGCCCUGAAUCAGGAGCAGGGACGUGGCCAAGAGAGAAGACCCAGCGAUGAUCCUACCUACCGCAACGCUCGGCGUCUGAGCCAGGAUCAGGGGCGUGCCCAGGAAAGAAGACCCAGUGAGGAUCAGACCUACCGCAAUGCUCGGCGUCUGAGCCAGGAUCAGGGGCGUGGGCAAGAGAGAAAGCGGAGCGAGGAGUGGGACCACCGCAACACUCGGGGCCUGAGGCAGGACGAGGGGCGUGGGCGAGAGAGAAGACAGAGCGAGGAUUCGAACUACGACAACAUUCGGGGCCUCUACCGGGACCAGGGGCGUGGCCAAGGGAGAAGAUGGAGUGAGGAUUCGAACUACCGCAAUGCUCCAGAUUUGAUCGAGGACCAGAGACCUGGCCAGGAGAGAAAGCGGAGCGAGGAUCUGAUUUCCAGAAAGACUCAGACUAGCGAGCACAGAGGAGUGGGCGAGGACUCAGGAAAGGACGAGAAGACCAGGAGUCGGUUCUUGAGCAGGGAUAGAGCGAAGAGAAAGGGGCGUGGCGAAGAGCAGUGUGAGGGCAGGGAACCUUGUGAGGGCGGAGCCAAGUCCGCUGAGGGGCGCAGUGGAAGGGAAAACAGGAAGGGCUCGGGAAGAGGAGUGGGAAAAAGGACAGGAACUGAGCGGUUUCCUAGCGAUCAGCCUCGGCUAGGCAACUUGCAAGUGGGUGUUGGUCCCCACGUUCUCCAGGUGUCCAGACCAGCCAUGUCCCCUGUCAGCCUUGUGUGGAUGAGAAAGCCAAACCUAUGGGCAUUCUGGGUACUGCGGCUAGUACUGUUGCUGUUGCUGUUGCUGAAGUCGUGGGCUGCAGAUGAUUUACGGAGGUGCACCUGGCUUGCUGUCCUGAACAAGUUCGAGAAGAUAGGCUCGCAUCUCUCCAGGGACCGAUUUGUCGAUCAUGAGCCCAUCGACACAGUGACCGAGGUGUUCAGAAAGUUGACAGAUUCGCCGAUUGAGCAGUCAGAGCAAUACUUGAGCUUUCCUUACUACCUGCAAAUCAACUUUUCCUGUCCCGAACAGAAUAGCGAGGAGCUGGCCCGAAAGGGCCACCUGAUGGGGAUGAAACCCAUGGUCCUGGUCAACUUCAUCUCCUCAGUCAAUUUUUAUGUUUGGGAGCUGGAAAAUAUGCAGAUUCUGAUGGAGGCUGCUCCAAUGCGCAGCACAGGGUACUGCCCAGCAGAGGCCAUGUGUAUCCUGAACUGGUACACACCCAUGCCCAUUAAAAAUGGCUCCGUGGUCUUUGAAGUGGACAUCUACACCAAUGGUAUAGGGCCCUUCAUUCCCAGGAAAAGGUUCUAUGUGAAUAUGAAUGGCUACAUGAGGACAGAUGCCAGUGGUAAGGCUGAGUUCACCAUAGGAUAUGAGAGCCUUGUUCUGAAGUCGACACACUUCAGGUCUUCAAUGUCCAGGCCCCUGUGGUAUACUGUGAGACACGCCCCCGUGUACAUCCUCGGAGGCUUUUAUGAUGAAAAGUCCAUCCUGUUUUCAGACUCUAACUUUGAUGACUAUGUGCUCUUGGAGCUGAGCAUUGACAGCUGCUGGGUCGGUUCCUACUACUGUCCCAUCCUCGGCUUCUCAGCCACCAUCCAUGACGCCAUCUCCACCGAGAGCACGCUCUUCAUUCGACAGAACCAGCUCGUCUACUAUUUCACAGGCACAUACCCCACGCUCUACGACAGAAGCCACGGCAGCAGCAGAUGGGUCCGUGUCCUGCCCAGUGAGUGCAUCAAGAGACUGUGUCCCGUGUAUAGCAGUGGCAAUGGAUCUGAGUACAUCCUGGCCCUCACCACUGGCAAGAAUGAGGGUUACAUUCACAUCGGGACCAUCACAGCUGGCCUCGUGUCCUUCCACAUGGUGCCGGAUGGCUGGUCUAUAUGUGAAAAGUUACCAGGUAAAAACUGCAGCAUCGACUGGGCUACAUACGUCGCCGAUGAGUGGAACCUGCUGUUGUUAGUGAAAAUUGACUCUGGGCAAUUUUAUUUAGUCAAUUUUAAUACAGUGUCCAGCACUGUGGAUAUCCUGUACAAAAUACCACGGUUUAUCCCUGAAGCUAAGGAACUGGACUUCUUGGUGCUCCUUGAUAGGGAGACCUACACCAGCACCCCGACGACACCCAAGGGUUUGUACUUCAAUACGUUGAACAACAUGCUGUACAUCUGGGGUAACUUCAUCCUGCAGAGUUACAAUAGGGAACACUUCAUUUUACUGGCUGACUUCCCCAAGGAGUUCACCAUCAAAUACAUGAUCAACUCUUACAAUGGACACAUGGCCGUUGUCACAGAAAAUGAACAGAUCUGGUACUUUCUGGAGGGUGGCUAUGAUGUAUACCAGCUGAUCCCUUCCGAAGGCUGGAACAUCUUCUUAAACCUGCAGAAGUUGCAAAAGUCUCCCCUCUAUUCAGAUGAUGAGGCCCUGGUCUCCGUCUUCUAUGAGAAUGGGCAACUCUAUCAGCUGGUCUAUCUUUUUGACAUCGGAAAAGAACGUUUGGUCAAGAGGCCAGUGCCUGUGGGAAUAGUGAUGGAGUACAACUUGCACAAACCCAUUUCAGUGGAGAAAAAGGGGAACCACAGUGUCCUCGACUUCCAACACGUGUGCCCGUUCAGGGAAGUUCAUGUAAUGGAUAUACCCAAGAGACAGCACGCAGGACGCUACGAGUGCUACCUUGCUCUGCCACCUCUGGUCUCUGAUUCCUUGGGCUUCCACAACAAUUUCACCCUGGCUGUCUUUCAAGGCCUCGUGUAUUACCUGCUGUGGCUGCACUCCAAGUAUGAUAAGCCCUACGCAGACCCAGUGCACGAUCCUACCUGGAGCUGGUGGCAACACAAAUCACAGUACAAGGAUUACUUCUUUUACCUGUUCAGCAACCGGCUGGCAGCGGAAGGCAUGUAUAUCAACAUGAACUCCUACCAAAAGCUCUACAACAUCUCGAGCGACUAUGGACUUCCCGAACUUAUCUUUUUAGACAAGGGAAACUGGUUUAGCGUCACUGUGGUCUUAUUGUCGCAUGAGGACACCUUCACGAGCGCUGAUAGCAAAGGAGCCUUGAUUGAUGUGGAGAAGAAGCUGGCAGUGGCUGUGAUAAUAGCAGAUCCUGAGUGUCUUUCAGUAACUAUUACUCAGGAUGUCCUUCUUAAUCGCAACGCAGUGGUCUUCAAGAUUAAAAUCGUAGACCUAAAGAUAUGCUCUGAACAGGGCAGGACUGGACAUAACAUCAAGAAGACUUCCAUGAUGGUCAAGAUCUUGGGCGCUCCUGGGAAAUGCUUCCAGAAAACAUAUCUUGGGACAGCCAUUCGAGGUUUUCUGAUGGUACCAGUAUACAUCGGCUGUCCGCCGGGCAAGCGCUUGGCCUUUGAUGUCUCCUACACGGUUAAGCAUUCCGCGGAGAUAAACAAGCACUAUUUCGACUGUGUGAAUAAGGACCCCGAGAUGCCCUGCUUCCUCUUUCGUGACUUAUUCCAGCCCUUCUUCUUAGUCCAAGACUUGGUGACGGGCGACUCUGGCAGUUUCAUGGGCAGUUAUGUGCUGAAGGUGGUGGGCGGUGGUCCCACAAUGGACACCAUCAGAGACUACUCAGAAGAAGAAAUCUUCCGUUACAACAGCCCGAUGGACAAAACCAAGAGCCUCAUCUGGGUGACAAAAGUCAAAAGGACCACCGAUGAUAACAAAUUCUACAUAAUGUCCCACGAGAGCCCUGGAAUUGAGUGGCUGUGUAUGGAGAACUCCCCUUGCUACGACAUCACCCCCGAAACCAUCUAUCCCCCUGAAUUCUUCCUCAAGUUGUUAGUGAGCAAUAGAGGUGUGGACGAUAGCACAUACUGUGACUACCAGCUCACCUUUAUUGUGCACAUCCAUGGGCUGCCACUCAGCAACAAACGGUCCUCCUUCAUUGUUUUCGUGUCUACCAGCUUCUUCCUAGUGCUGGUUUUCCUCUACAUCGUGUUCUGCCUCCUGUGGCCUCACUUAGUGAGGGCCUGGGUCUCAUUACGCUGGAGGAUUAACAACAUCAUGGCGUCAGAGUCCUACUAUACAUAUGCCUCCUCCACUGGGGGCUUCAGCCUCCAGUCUCACAGCUCAGAGGGCAGUGCCAAGGCUCCCUCCAGAGCAGGUUCCAAAGAGAAUGUUCAAGCUAAGAGAGCAUAGGUGGCCUGAGUCUCUGGUCUGCCCUCUUCCUCAUAACCCCCUCAGCCUCUCCUCAUGGGAAUGCAGCCUGCCACCUACCCAGGAUUUUCUUGUUUGCUAGAAUGUUCAUGUCUCAUUCAGACCCUA